AUACCUGCAGCCAUUGCGGCCCACCAGGACUGGAGUUGGACACCCCUGCUCUAGGAAAUAAACAUAGAGGAAGGAGUCUUCCCUCACCUCAUGUUACUGGAGCCUCAAUGAGCCGAUAACGAAGGAGUGAAACAAGGCAGGGAUUUGUUAAUUAGAAGCAGGCAGCAUUCACCCCUUGACUUUAAGACUUGGUGUUGUCUUUAAUGAAGAGUGGAGCUCAUGUAUGCAUAUGUGGCUAGCAAGAUGAUCAGUAAACUGGCUCUGCUACUUUUUUGUGGGGUGUGCUCAAGUACAAUUAUCUCAAGAUUACCAAUGGAGUGCAAGGUCAGUGCCAAAGAGCGGGUCACCUGUGGGCCUAAUGAGAUCGGUGCAUCUGCAUGCAAGGCCAAAGGCUGCUGUUUCAGUAAUGCUCUGUCUGGAGUGAAAUGGUGCUUCAAACCCAAAGUGGUCCAGUGCUCCGUUGCUCCAGUGCAAAGAACCGAAUGUGAGCACAACAUACGCUGUGAAAGGAGCUGUCUGGAAAAAGGCUGCUGUUUCAAUGCUACAACAGAUGGAAUCCAGUGCCACCGGCCAGAAGUAAGUUCCUUUUGCAGUGUGGCUCCCAGUCGACGUGUAGCAUGUGGCUAUCCUGGAAUUUCUGUUACCAAAUGCAACAGGCGGGGCUGCUGCUUUGAUUCACGGAGUCGUGAGGCUGUUUGGUGUUUCCGGCCAAGGUUCUGAGGUAAGAACUGGAAGCAAAAAGAUUUUGAGACCUGGCAACUCCAGAGAGAUGGAGGGAAAUUCUGAACUGAGCACUAAGAAUUACAAGGAGGCAAAGGGGCUACACUUUAAACUAUCAAUAGCCAAGCUACAAUAAGUCCUCCCCAAACAAGAAGAUUAUUGUGUAUAGAAGAGGUUGUGGAUCGUUCAUCAUUUUGAUGUAACAAUAAAUGUUUGCUUAGGCAUGUUACUGUGAGAUUUUGUAAUGUAUUUUCCUGUAGUUGUAAUGAAGAAUGGGUAGGUUAGUGUGCAAAAUAAGAGGGGAAAAUGGCUAACAAUCAAAACCUGCCAGUGACAAACUUUUUAAAGUGAAAUGAAUGAGAGGGUAAAAGAAAGCUCUUGGUAGCACUUUAGUUACUGCAAAAAUGCAUCUAUAACUC